UUUUACGCUCAUAGACAAAUACUAUCAACAGCUAUAAGAAUAAGCUGUAAGCUGUUCGUUCGAACGGAAUAUCACGGGAUAUAUUCGAUAUUACCAAACAAAGUAGUAUUAGUCCUUGACAACAAUUACGCAUCCAGUGAACCGAAUAAAUCGAUAUAAACCCUCGACAAUAUAAAUCUAUAACGAUAAAUUUACUUUUUUUAAAUUGUUCACCUUUUUUUCUUCUUACUUUACGUUUUAAACGGUUGCAGACAACGUAUCAUCAUGUCACAAAACGCUGACGACGACAAAAGCGAAGCCUCUGUCGAAAUGGAAGCAGAAAACGAAAAUGUUGAAACUGAAGAACCUGAAAAAAUUUGCAUCAUAGAUCCAGAAAGUGAAGAACUCGACUUUAAUCAUUUACGAUUAACAAAACUGGAAAAUUUGGAGCCAUUAACAAAAGUUAAAAAAUUAUGCUUCACCUGGAAUUUAAUCAAGAAAAUUGAAAAUCUUGAUACUCUUGGAUCAUUGGUCGAGCUGGAACUUCGCGACAAUCAAAUAACUACCAUAGAGAACUUGGAUUGUUUACUGAAUUUAGAAGUUCUCGAUUUGUCUUUCAAUCGUAUUAAAAAAAUCGAAGGUUUGGAAAACCUAACCAAUCUCCAAAAGCUUUUUCUAUCUUCCAACAAAAUAACAGAAAUAGACAGAAUCGGUCAUUUGAAAAAUCUCACGAGUCUCGAAUUGGGAGACAACAAAAUUCGUGAAAUAAGAAAUUUGGAUACCCUCACAAAUCUGUCUAAUUUGUAUAUGGGCAAAAACAAAAUAACAAAAAUUCAAAAUCUCGAUAAUCUUAAAAACCUCCAACUGCUAAGUUUACAGAGCAAUCGUAUUACUAAAAUUGAAAAUCUUGAAGCGUUAGAAAAAUUGGAUCAAUUGUAUUUGUCAGAAAAUGGUCUGAGUUGUAUCGACGGUCUAGCCAACUGUCCAGAUCUGACGACGCUUGAUCUCGCCAAUAACAGAAUCAAGAAAAUCGAGGGGAUCGAUCAUUUGAGUGCUCUAGAAGAAUUUUGGAUCAACAACAAUGAAAUCGAGGAUUGGACGGCGGUGGAGAGUUUAGCUGCGAACAAAAAGUUGCAGACGGUUUAUCUAGAGCACAACCCAAUUGCAAAGGAUCCAAAUUACAGGAGAAAAAUAAAGCUGCUUCUUCCUUGGCUGACACAGUUGGACGCUACUCUUUGCAGAUGAACAUGCAUUAUUCCAAAAAAUAAAAUGAGAGAUUGAAAAAUGAA